AUGAUGCUGCUUUUGCUGUGCACGUACAUGGCUCUGCUCGGUCGCUACACUGUCGCCGAAAGGAUUGAUGAAUUGUCAUUUAAACCUCCUUUUGAUAUUGUGGAUGAAGUAGGUCGUCGUUUGGUCAACUCGAGCUGGACACACGGUGGCCAUGCAGACGUGAAGAAGCACUUUAUCCGCCUAACAACCGAUCGCCAGAGCAAACGUGGUUAUUUGUGGCAGAAUAACCUUGUGGGUCGUGACGAAUUGUCAUGCGUAAUAACGUUUCGUAUCUCGGGCCAGGGCAAGCGUUGGUUUGGUGACGGUAUUGGUUUGUGGUUCACUGAUCACAAGAAGUUUAUACCUGGCAUCAACCAUGGCUUUACAGAUAAGUACAAAGGUGUGGGUAUCAUUGUUGACACAUUCAUUAAUCCGGAGCACAAAGGUGGUCAUAAAGAUAUUAGCGUCUUUGUGAAUGAUGGCACGAAGAGCUACGACGAGAUGUAUGACGAGAAGCGGGUGGGUUGCAAUGCCGCCGUGCGCUACCAUGAGCAGAGCGCCAUUUUUAAUCCGGUACACAGCCUCUCCCGUAUUAAAGUGAAGAUUGAAAAGACUCGAUUACUGAUGGAAGUGGACGAGAGCGCCUCGGGUCAUUGGGUUGUUUGCCACGAGAUGGAGCUACCGUUAAAUGCGGACUGGCUGCAAACGUCCACGAUCGGUAUUACGGGAUCGACGGGUGCGUUGGCAGACAACCAUGAUAUCAUUCGUUUUGAUACGUACUCGGCUUUUACGGAUCUGACGAUCAGCGAGGUGGACACGGAGACGGUGAAGAACUUGGUGUCUAAGAGCUAUAAAAAGUGGUUGGUAUCGCCUAAUUGCGGAACAGAUUGUCUCAUUCCUGUGAUGAAGAAAGAUUUGUCAAACUUUCGCAUUGAUGCAGAGCACCGCUUUACUGAUCUAAAGGAGAAGAUAGAGAAUACAGUCUCGAAGCUAAAGCAGCAGGAGGACGAGAACGAACGCCGCGUGCGCGAGAUCGAGGCCAAGGUACGUAAAGGCAUUGACUCAUCGCUAGAGGAGACGAAGAAGACGCUAGGGGAUGAGGUAAAUAAGAAAAUUACGAAGCAAUUGGAGGAGAACCCGGACAUUGCUAGCGGUGGCUGGAAAACGCCAUUUGCGCUGCUUUUCAUUGGUCUCGCUGCAGGUGCUGUAUAUGUGUACCGUAAGUACCAGUCACUUAUGAAGUCACACUUGCUAUAG